CCAGCCCAAGUCUUAAGGAGUUAAUGGUGGACAUGAUCUUAAACUACUGCUGGAAGCACUGGAAUCAGCACGGAGAGGCUAAUGGGAAGGUUAUCCAAAGCCGUACAAUCAUUUUCCGGAUAUUGUGCAAUUUGAAAAUCGGUGUCAGCUCUAUCGAGAGCUGGGGGCCUUCCCGAUCAAGAAAUCGAAUCGAGUUCAAGGUCCAAACCAUCAUGCGAGAAAUCACCAAAAGAGCCAAGUGCAAUGAUUACUUGGAACUCAUACCCAUGAUCUCGCAGGCGGUGGAGAUCAUAGAGGCGGUGAGCUUAAAGUUCAUUUUCUACGAUAUGCUUCUUAUUAUUCUCAAGCUGCACCACAAGUGCUGCAUGCACGACUACUUGUUGGACACCCACACCGAUUUGAAAGAAGUGGUUCAACAUGGGUUUUGGUACAAACAUGAGCGCAAGCUCGUUGCAAAGACCCAGGAAAUUUUUGAUUUUCUCGUGGCUGUCAACGGACAGAUUUAUAGUUGGUACACUGAAAUCUUACAGGGGAGAAUCUACGUCUCAAGUGCCUCAGGUGUGGGUCCUUUGAUGAGAGAUAUCCCCAGUGAGUACAAGCCGACACCUCCGGGGGGCUGGAAAUUUGUCAGGAAGUAAUAUGCUCAUAUGAUUUAGGAAAACGAUAUUGCUCGAGGUAUUCAAGUGGGUAAGAAUGAGACAAAUUUUUUGAUGGAUUUGUAGAUUUUGCAACAAUUGAAGGCGGUUUCACCAAUGGCACCAAAACACAUAAAUAGAUCAUCUUAAGAAUUUAACUAGAAAAGACGAGCUAGCAGCCCG